CUCUCUCUCUCUCUCAAAUCUGUAUUUUUUCUUUUCAUCUCCUCUCCAAAAUGCCCUAGAAAUAUCCAGAUAGCUUGACCGAAAAUUCCAACAGAAUGAGCUUCAACAGAAGAGAGAGAUUAUCCCCUUCAUGUAGAUUGGUCUCAAAGGAAAAUGCUAACCAAUCUUAUCGAACCGACGACAGGUUUCAUGGCUUUAAUCUGUCAAGCCAUAGAGAUGGACCUCUCUGCCUGAGAUGUUGUGAUAUGGGCCUGUUUCAUGAGCUGGGAAAGAAGGCUGCUGCUGUUUUUCCCAAAUUGGGAAAAGAUGACAGAGAUGCUGAGCAGUCCGAAACUGAAUCUCAGACCGAUCAGAAUGAGUGUUUGUGGCUAUCUUCGGGUUGUAUUUCGCCUUCUUUGCUUAAAUCCAAUGAUCAUUGGCUGCAUGACGCUUGGGAUCAUGAUUGGUGGGAUCUAUCCCUCAAUGAUCGAUUCUUUUCGGUGCUAUCAGUGUCAAGAGGUUGUGACGUCGUCUUGGAUGGAAGAAUCUCUAUCUUUGAUGGCUCUAGGAUCAAUCCCUUAGAGGAAGCUGCUUUGUUUCUUGACAGAACACCGGAUGAUAUAGAGAAGGUUUGUGAAGAAGAUCUGCAGGUAGGAGAAGUAGUUGCUUGGCUACAUAAUUCCCUUGAAUAUGAAAUAAAAGAUUCUUCUUUUGCAAGUACUGAAAGUGCCGAAUCUUUGUAUGAGCACUCUCUUUAUGAGGAUUCAUCAGUUUUUGAUAGUUCUUGGACUUCCUCUCUCAGUACAUGUGAAGAUUCUUCUUCCUCUCAGAUAUGCAAUUUUGACAGAACAGGUAUCUGGCUUUCUUUGUUGGAUCUCGAAGGGGAGGAUUUCGAGUGGGCAUCAGAUAAAGUGCAGGAUUUUGAUGUCUUCCAUUCUGAUUUUCCUAGCCCAUCAUACCACAUCAAGCGUCCCCACAUUGAGUCAUCUGAUUCUAACAUUCCUUCUUUCAGUGACAGAAAUUCAAGCUCUGACUUCCCUGCUCAGCCUGCAUCAGAAGCUAAAGAUCAAUUUAUCUGUGACAGUAGUGAAGAUGAUUUAGAAGGUUAUGAUGCCGAUGAACCACUCUUCUGGCCUUUCGACCGUAAUUCCUAUUGGCACCCUGAAAUAGAAUGGAAUUGCUUAUGCAUAUCUCCUCGUAGGAACAUACAGGAGAUUGCACACCCCGAAAGCUUCUUUGCUCCAAAAUCCAUCAGAUUAAGGCUUCCUGAGAGAAAAGGGUCGAUGUUACAGAGGAGGGUUCAAGAAGGAUAUACAAGAAGGAUUGUAUUCAAAUCAAGAUCACCGGUGUCAAACGUCAUGGGUUUUAAAACUAAAGAUGGAAAUAAUGAUAUUACGGGAAUAAGAAUCAAACCUUCGAGGCUUAGACAUUCAACCCAAGGUUCUUCUGAGCAGCAUUCCUAUAGUAUCUCCCUGAAAAAGAGGCCUCUUAUGAUGAAAGAGAACCCAUCAUCGGUCAGCAGUGCAAAAGUGGUGCCAUUACAUUUGCAAUCGCAAUGCCAGUUAUCAGGUCAAGAUGAAUUCCAGUUAAACAAGAAUAUGAAUAACGCAGCCAAGAAGCGUAUGGAAAAGCCAACCAAGAUCAAACAUGAUGAGCCAAAGGUGUUGACUCAGCUAUCUUUCGAAGCGUCCACUGCAGGUUAUCAGAGGUUACUCGUAGAAGGCUUUGAUUCCAACAAAGACGUACCGAUUGAGGCAUUCAUUGGAUUGAAUGAAUUCAAUGGUCAUGAAGGGAUUGAUGCAGAGUUUGAUGAAAGUCGGUUCUCCCUCGAUGGGUCCCUCUGAGAAAAUCGUGAGUCCAACCUUGUUGAGAGAUGAUCUGUGUAGACGGAAUGUCCAUGACUUUGGCUUCUUUUGGAGCAUGGUUAAGGUCUAUGGUUUGUUUCGAAGGACAUCAUGAUCGAGCAGUCAUGUAGGACAGACGCUCCGGUGAGCCAUGUGGGACAUGCUCGUGUUUCCUGGAAACAAAAAGCUGGAUCAUGGGCUGAUAGCAAAAGACUGCAGUUUGCAGGUGAUCAUCUCUUGCUGAUUUAGCUUCUGUUUUCCUCUUUUCCUAGGAAGUGGAAGACACCGCAGUGCACUUCUUGUUGCCUGGUUUCCUAGAAAAUAGAUACACUGUGAUAUACACACAUUACACAGAAAUAUAUUAUUCAUUCAUUUUUUAUUUUGUUUUUUAACUCUUUUCUUUUCACAUUCAUGAGGUGAAACGGUGUCUUUUCUGUUUUAAAAUAGCUACCGUUCAAGAUCUUGGAAGCUCAAAUGUUGAAUUUGAGAUAGAGCACUGAGCUUAAAGGCUAAAUGUUGAAUUUGAGAGAGAGCAUUGAGAAUACAAGCUAAACGUGUUUCUUUUUU